CGGACUGUCUGCAGUCAGUGUACGACGUGACACACUGGGCUGAAACAGAUAGUGAUUAUAUGACCAGCUGAAGUUACAACUAGCAUCAAUAACAAGUUUAAUUUGUUAAUUGCUGCAACUACAGCAGAUUGUCUGGAUUUUUCCGACAGCAUGUCAAAUCCUAAAACAGCUGAAGCUGAUGCUGGAUCAGUGGUGUCGGACCCUCAGCACUCCCAAAAGCUGCUAAGGGCCCUUCAGUCUUUUAGGCAAGAUGAUUGUUUUCAAGAUGCAGUGCUUUUUUUGGAAGGUGAAGAGAUCCCUGUACAGAAGAACAUUCUUGCUGCUGCUAGUCCAUACAUAAGGACCAAAUUAAAUUACAGCCCACCAAAGGAGGAUGGAUCUGUAUACAAAAUUGAGUUACAAGGGAUCUCUGUGCCCACCAUGAGACAGAUCUUGGACUACAUUUUCAGUGGAGAGAUUACCCUUAGUGAAGACACCAUCCAGGAUGUGGUCCAGGCUGCUGAUCUUCUGCUCCUCACCGACCUCAAAUCUCUGUGCUGUCAAUUCCUGGAGAGCUGCAUCACUGCAGAGAACUGCAUCGGUAUCCGGGUCUUCUCCUUGCAUUACUGCCUACACCAUGUCUACCAUGUGGCCACAGAGUACCUGCAGACACAUUUUCGAGAUGUGGCCAGCACGGUGGAGUUCUUGGAGCAGCCGCCCGAUCGCCUGUGUGAGCUACUGUCUAUGGAGAAGCUCAACGUGGGGAAUGAAAGGCACGUGCUGGAGGCAGUGGUCCGCUGGCUCGGACAUGACAUUGAAGCUCGGCGAGUCCAAAUGAAGGAAGUGAUGUCUGCCGUGUGGAUUAAAGGUCUGGACAAGAGCUACCUCCAGGACCAGAUGCUGAGAGAUUCCUUGAUGAGGGAAGUGAUAGGGAAGUGCUGCAUGGAGUCUCUGGGAGGAGCAGAGCAGCAGGGGGAGGAACUGCUCGCUGCAUUUAAACCCCGUGGCUACUCCGAGUGUAUCGUAAUAGCGGGGGGUGAGGAAAGGAUCUCUCGGAAGCCCACGGCAGCAGCACGCUGCUUGUGUCCUCUUUAUGACCGCAGCAGGCAGCUGUGGAUCGAAUUGCAGUCCAUGAACGAGAAGCGUGUUGGACACGGGGUAGUGUCAGCAGAGGGAUGCCUGUUUGCAAUAGGAGGAAUGGAUGAGAACAAAACUGUGUUGAGCAGUGGAGAGAAAUAUGACCCUGAGACCAAUACCUGGACGCCAAUCCCAGCAAUGAUGCAGGCCCGACAACACUUUGGAGUUGCAGAGCUGGAUGGUCUGAUUUAUGUUCUGGGUGGAGAAAACAAGGACACUGAGGUUCUGCUCACGAUGGAGGUGUUUGACCCCCAUUGCAGUGUCUGGAGAACCCAUCCAAAAAUGACCACCGUGCGCAAGUUUGGUUGUUGUGCCACCAUGAAAAAGAGACUCUACGUGAUAGGCGGUGGAUCGUACGGGAAGGUGUAUGACUCUGUGGAGUUCUAUGACCCCAAAACUCAGCAGUGGACUACAGUCUGUCCUCUUAAGGAGCGGAGGUUUGGAGCGGUAGCAUGUGGCAUUGGACCAGAGCUCUAUGUGUUUGGUGGUGUUAGGAACAGAGACGCUGACAAUCCAGAGUCCAGCCAGAUGACCAUCGCCAAGUCUGAGUUCUUCCACGAUGAACUGAAAAGAUGGAUGCUCUUGGAUGACCAAAAACUCUGUAUACAUGCCACAUCAUCCUUUGUGUAUGGAGCUGUUCCCAUUGGUCCCAGUAUAUAUGUAGUUGGAGAACUUGACACAGGCACUAGUUUUGACUAUGUUCGAGAGUUCCGCAGAAGCACAGGCACCUGGCACCCUACCAGACCACUCAUGCCUUCUGAUCUGAGUAAAACGAGCUGUGCCGCCCUACGCAUCGCCAACUGUAAACUGUUCCGCCUGCAGCUUCAACAAGGCCAGUUCCGGAUCCGGGUUCAGUCCACAUAAACAGAAUUUACAUCCUUACCACUGAGUUCUACGUUAUGUCACUCCUCCACCAUCUGCAGGUCUGGAGGAGGAUGCCAGGGGUUGUGGAAUUGAAGUGGCUACAGCUGAGGUUUGGUUUUAAUAGGAAAAUGGGUUGAAUGAACUGGGCUUUUUUUAUGUUUGAUGUCUUUUGUAAGGGAAUGAAUUGGAUGUUCCCUUUCUAUUUUGAGUGAUUAUGACAAAGAGUGGGAUGGGGGGAAAUCGAUUCACAAACUGUUCUGAAUCGCUCCACCAAAAGUCAUAAUCUGAAUUUUCAUUUACUUGUUAAUAAUUGCGUUCAUUGAAAAACAUGAACAGGAGAGACUAUUACAGAUAAAGAUAGGUGCCAUCCAAUGCACUGCAUUGGAAAAACAACAUGAUGUGAAGGGCGCAUCAGCAGCCACAAAAAGGUAUGCUUAUUCGUGCAAACAAACAAACUCAUGAGCCUUCAGCCAAAGACUAAACAUGCUUCAUAUCUUGUAAAACAACCAGCUAAUUCUCUUUUUCAUAAUCUUUGAAUAUGUUUUUCACAGCAAUCAAUGUCACAAGGUACAGUGAAUGGCGUGUUUUAAAGUUGAUCAUUUUCUUGCACAACUAUUGAAAAAAGAUGCACGUUGAUGAAGAACUAGAAAAUGUAAGAUUGCUCUGAUGCGUUUUUUUUUUUCCAUUGGUGCAGAGCCACCUAUGAUACUAGUUUAUGAUACCCAUUUAUUCUAUUUUUAUUUGUGGGUCAAGGGUAGAUAUAUUUGAGUCUGGCUUUUGCAGAAUAUUUACACAGAAUCUGGCAACAAGCGACAUUCACUCGCACAAGGUUUGCACCCAUAUGCUGUUGCUGAAAAACUGAGAUUCUUUGAGGAUGAUUUUGGAAUCAGAUUAUGACUCCCUGAAUCAUGAGAUGCCUAAACAUUCCCACCCUUAUUUUUGACUCCUGUUCACAGGAAACUGCUCUCAGUUUUAAUGGUUUAUUUGAACAGUUUAUAAUAGGUUUUACCUGUCUGCUGCUUGUCUUAAUCUAACACUUACAAAUUAGAAAGGGAGGUUAAUGUUGCCUUUUAUAUACAGUUAUAGUUGGGUAUUAAAUGUGGGUGCAGUAAGUAAGGGAACAAAUCAAACACAUAUCAAGGCUAGUGGUACAUCAUUUGUUGCUAAAGUGUCUGUCUACUGAACAUUCAAGGUAGUGAAGGAGUGUUAGAUUACUGAAAUGGUUUAAGAUGUCUUAAUAUUAGUACUGUUAGUGAUUUAUUUCCAUUUAUGAUAUCAAUCUCACAUUUUUAAUUUGCAUAAAUAUAUUUUCUUUCAAAAUGCAGUGCAUUAAUUUCUAAGGCAUUCAGUUAAUUGGUGGCCUCAUUAACUGGUAAUUACAUAUAAUUGCAUUACAUUUGUGAGUCCCAUCUAUAUUUAAUUAGGUUAUAAAAAUAGUUUUUUGUAUUGAAAAAAGAAACCUAUGGUCCUGUUCUUAUGCAGUCCAUUUGUUAGAAAGCGAACCGAAUUAAGCAGUUUUAAUGUCAGAUAGCUUAAAUACAUUAACUGUGUUAUAUAAAUGCUAUAAAUAAUUUUUUUUUAUUAAUCUUAAAAGUUAACAUGCUAACACUCGAUAAUAAGGUUCCAUUCAUUAAUAUUAGUUAAUGCCAGUGGCGAAUUCUCAGGGCCAGUAAAGCGCUCUCUGCUGGCUCUCUGGCUGGUAUUUUUAAUCGCGUCACUCUUAAUUAAUCUACAAACAAAUGAAAUGAAAAGUUUAUCCAGUCAGAAUUUAUUCCUUGAUGCUAACAAGCGAAGCCAAGCUCGUUAGCCAAAGCAACAUGUGAGUCUGAGCUCCGCCCCCUCAGGCAUUUAGAAUUUCCACAGAAUCCCUCAACAGUGCAAAUGAAUGAGCAACUAAAGUCAGAUAUGUUUUGUUCUUGGUGGGUGCGAUCUUUAGGAUAUGUCACGGUCGAGGCCUUCUAGCUGGCCUUGAGUGAUGGACUCAUGCUUUAAGUGAUGUAAUUUGAAAGUGAAGAGCGCAAGAUUGUCAUAACUGCCGCUAUUGCCAUUGAGAAAGAGAUCCUUAUGGAUUUAAAAACAUUAUUAUAGAUAUUCUGCAUGACUGUGUGAUUUGCUUAAUUUAUUAAAUGGGAAAGGAGAACAGAGUUACUUCAAGUGCUUUUUGCAUUGAUAUAGCAAUAUCAGGAGUUUUCUACUUGAGCAUUCAGUGUCAGACAGGACUGGACUGGUAAUCUGGCACACCGGGCAUUUUCCCAGUGGGCCGACGCACUUUGGGGCCGAUCAGGUGCGGACUGGCCGUUGGGAGAACCGAGCGGGCUGGUGGGUCGGCCGUGGAAAGGGCCGAAUGGCUAAAAUGAGCCGCCCCGUUAUGCAAAACAUCACCACGAUAUGCAGAAAAGGACAGCGAAGUCCUUUUUCCCAACUUUAGGGCAAGUUGCGUUGUAAAAUCCUGGGCUGAUUUCUCUUCCUAGUCCAGCCCUGGUGUCAUAUCAAGUUUUGAAAAGUAGUGCUUCAUUCCAUUCAACUCGGAAAGUCGGAUUUUACAACUUCCUGCUAGGAAAAGUGCAAUGGAAUGCAUCUUGAAGACAGAAUUACAACUUAGGCUUGUGCACAAAUUCUCACCUCAGAUUUCGCAGAGAUGCAGGUGCAUGAUGCCACACAAACAUGUCAACACUCAGGGAGAAAUACAAAGUAAGUGAUAAACAUUCACUUUAUUAAGUAAUAUCGAUAAAUGAGUGUUUCCACAUUACAAGAUAUUAAAGCCUGCAGAAACAGGUGUAUAAAACAUUAUAAUCUCUUUUGAUAAUCGUACACCUGAAGCACAAAUGCUAGUGCUGCAGAACUGUUUAUCAGUUGGAUUGCUAGGAGACAUAUCUAAUGAGAGUCAAACCCCUGCUAAGCUAACAGGAGCAUUGCAGUUUAAGUUCCGAAUAUCAGGGAAUGCAAUGCAUUUAUGGUCUGAGAUAUAAAGUAGAAAAAUCCCUCAUCCCACUUGAAUGGAACACAGCAUAACCGUAUACCCUGAUGAAAUAAAAUUUAUUUCAAGCAACAUUUAAAUUACAAAUAUUAUUAGAUAUAUUUUUCCAGGUAUUAUAGACCUCUUUGGUAGAUUCAUAUGAAAAAUUAUGAUUUUUGAAUGUCUGUACGUUCGUUUAAAAAAAACAGUCAUGCUGCAGUUAAAAUUUGGCUUGCUUGAACAUUAAGUGUCAUUUCAAAUUCUGGCUUUUUUUAAAAUGUCAAUUGGUAUUACUAGUUAGCUGUGACAUAAUGUAUGAUGCCCAAAGGCAUACAGUGUCUUAUUCAUUGUGACACUGUGUUUUAUUAAUGGCAUGAAUCACACUGAAGGCCUAGACUUGAAAUGCACGGCCCGCCACUGGUUAAUUGUAUCAUGAACAAACAAUCAACAGUAUAUUAUUACAGAAUUUAUUAAUCUUUGUUAAUGUUGGUUAAUCAAAAAAAAAAUUGUUCAUGUUAGUUCAUAGUGCAUUAACUACUGUUAACAUAUACAACUUUUGAUUUAAAAUAUGUAUUACUAUAUAUGAGAAUAUCACACCUGCCCCUAUUAAGAGUUUACAUUUUAGAGUACGUACACUGAGCUAAUGGCAGAUGUGUUAUAUUGUCAAAAGUAGCAACUAAAGGGUGGUGGAAAUUUGCAUAUUUUAUGUGCCUGGCUGACUAUAUUAUAGUCUGCCCAUUUUAUCUGAUGAAAUGUAGCUGUUGGUUUCGUAUCCAGGGACUCUGAAAGCCACAACAUGUCAGAAAUGGAUGCAAGUUGCAGUUCUCACCCUUAUGUGGCGAGAUGUAUUUUGUGAAGGACCCCUGAACUGGCUUUCCUGUCACUGUGGAUGUUUUUUGGCAUCUGGUGACCCCAUUUGUUCUUUGCAUGAUUUAGCUGCUGCUGUCUGUUCUAUUUGAAGGGACAAACAUUGCAUAUUCACCACCAUGGAAAUGCACACCAAUAGCAGAAAUAUAGAAUAGAAAACACUGGGCACUCUCGUUUGUCAAAAAUUAUUCCAAAGCAAGGAUUUCCUGAAGAAGAGGAAUGUAGACGCACAACAUAAUAGGGCCAACUAUUAUCUUUGGCAUCCACACCAAGUGCACUGGUCACUAGAUAGAAGGUAUGCAUCAACAAUGUUUAAGUGGAACAGUCUUUUCUGUAUCAUAACAAAAAAGGCAGUUGUUAUUGACAUCUAAUGUCAAGUUGAUCCAAAGUACUGUCCGAUUGCAGAAUACAAGAACUAUGUGUUCGUGCCCAAGACUUCAUACACAAUACUUGCUCAAGGAAAUGAUCAAGACAGUCACUUUAUUAUAAACAUUGUCAUGGCUCGAUUUGCACAGAACACUAAAACAUUUAAUGUCUGCCAGAACAGUGUGAUUUAAUCAGAUGUAACAAUGUUUAUGUAAUGCAAAGUGCUGUUCUGGUGUUUUACUCUGUUUGUAAUUAUUUCAUGUUUGUGGAUGUUUUGGUGAGCAAGUAUGGCUAUUAAAUUAGAGGCCAAUGUAGAAAUAUCUGUCUGGCUCUCAAUAAAAUAUUAUGCAGAAGUUCUUGUUUCUUUUCCAUGGUUAUAAAAAAAUAGCAUGAAAUCUUUAGAUGUGAAUUAAGACUAUUUACACAACACAAUCUAACAUUUGUAUUUUAACUCAAGUUCACCCAAAAAUGACAUUUCUGUAAUCCUUUACUCACCAUCUCAGAUGUGAUUACUUUCUUCUACAGAUCACAAAUUAAGAAAUUUAGAUUUUUAGAAGAAUAUCUCAGCUCUGUAGGUCCAUACAAUGC